AUGGCCGAUAUCGAGAAACAGCCUUAUGGGGACUCCUCCACCUUCAAGGGCCCUGGCACAGCAGCUGAGGAUGUCCCGAUCCCUUCAAACCCUAUGGUCAACGCCGACAAGCUGGCUCGUCGCCUGUCUGGCCGACAGGUGCAGAUGAUCGCCAUCGGCGGAACGAUCGGUACAGGUCUGUUCCUCGGCACGGGCGAGUCGCUUGCUAAGGGUGGGCCUGCGUCGAUGCUGAUUGCUUAUGCCAUCUGUGGUGCUAUUGUCUUCAUCACUAUGCUUUGCUUGGGUGAAAUGGCUGCCUUCAUGCCUGUAGCUGGAUCGUUCUGUACCUAUGCUGGUCGUUUUGUUGAUGAUGCGCUUGGUUUUGCUUUGACUUGGAAUUAUUGGUUCAAUGAUGCUGUUUCUACGGCUUCUGAUAUCAUUGCUUUGCAGCUCUUAUUGCAGUAUUGGACUGAUAAUUUCCCUGGCUGGGCAAUCAGUUUGAUUUUCUUGCUCGUGGUCAUUGGAUUGAACGUUCUAUCUGUCAAGGUCUACGGUGAGGUUGAAUAUUGGUUGAGUCUACUCAAAGUCAUCACAAUCGUCAUCUUCAUCAUCCUCGGCAUAGCCGUCAACUGCGGUGGAAACACCGACCACCAGUACAUCGGCGGCAAAAACUGGCAUAUAGGUGACGCUCCCUUCGUCGGCGGAAUCGGCGGCUUCGCCUCAGUCUUCGUAACAGCCUCAUUCGCAUACGGCGGAACCGAGUCCAUCGCCAUUACAGCCGGAGAGACCAAAAGCCCAGCAAAGACCAUGCCAAAGGUCGUCCGCAACGUCUUCUGGCGCAUCAUCCUCUUCUACCUCCUCUCGAUCCUAAUUGUCGGCCUCAACGUCCCCUACAACUACCCAAACCUCAACGCAGGCGACACCAAAACAAGUCCCUUCACAAUCGUCUUCUCCCAAGCCGGCUCAACAAUCGCAGGAAGCUUCAUCAACGCCGUCAUCAUGACAUCCGUCAUCUCAGCCGCCAACCACGCCCUCUUUGCCGGCUCCCGCCUCCUCUUCACCCUCGCCGUCGACGGCUACGCGCCCCGCUUCUUCGGCCAUCUCAACCGUUUCCACGUACCUUGGGUCGCAGUCCUCGCCACAGCCGUCAUCAGCGGUCUCUGCUUCGGAGCGAGCUACAUCGGCGCCGGCAAGCUCUGGUCCUGGCUGCAGAACAUCGUCGGUGUUUCAAACCAGCUUUCGUGGAUCUGUAUUGGUCUCGCGUCCCUGCGGUUCCGGUCUGCUGUGCGUGCUCAGGGUAUCGAACACCUCCUUCCUUUCAAGAACUGGACGUACCCCUACGGCCCUAUCUGCGCCGUUGGGUUAAACAUCGUUCUUGUUCUUGUUCAAGGCUGGACGUGCUUCAGCCCGCAUUUCAAGGGUGUCGAUUUCGUGUCUUAUUAUAUCGAGAUCCCUAUCAUGCUUGUCAUGUUCUUGGGUUGGAAGCUAGUCAAGAGGACUAGCUUUGUGAGGAAGUCGCAGAUGGAUCUUCUUACAGAUCGGUAUGAUCCGACUCAGGAGGAUGGGUAUGAUGAGCAGGAGGGCCAGAUCACCGAGAAGAGGAAAGGUCUUUGGGCUAAGGCUCAGCGAUUCGGUCAAUGGGUGUUUCUCUAA